GAUCCGGUGCAGGAGUGGGGCGAGGAGGAGGAGGACGGCGCCGUGUUCGGCAUCACCCUGCGCCGGGAGCCAGUGCUGCAGAACUCGGACUCGUCGGAUCUCGCGUCCUUCGCUUGCGUCCAGUACCACACGGUGAAGACGCGCAGGCUGAAGGCCGCCACCCCGGAGCGUCUGGUCGCCCACCUCUUCGAUCCCGAGUGCCAGGAGCCCGACUUCGUCCACGCGUUCCUGUCCACGUACCGGACCUUCACCUCCGGCGGCGCCUUCGUUGAGCUGCUGUUCAAGAGAGAUGAAUCUCUCACCAACGUGGACAACGUUGUCUGCACUCACAGCCCCWUUCUCCAGGUGUUCCGCCUGUGGCUGGAGGAGUACAGCGAGGACUUCCAGGAGCCCCCUCAGUACCCGACCCUGCGGCUCCUGUGUGCCCAGCUGCGCCGCCGCCUCUGCUUCAGACGUGUGGCUCAGACUGCCGAAGCUUUGCUCAAGAGACUCCAGGAACAAGAUUUGAGCCAGUCUGGAUCAGAACCCCUCGCUGAGCCACUGCAGGACCACGAUCAGAAGCAAAUCUCCCUCAAACAGGACUUUUGCGACUUCUCUGCGAGAGACGUGGCCGAGCAGCUGACCCGACUGGAUGCUGAUCUGUUUGUCAAAGUGGUGCCCUUCCAGUGCCUGGGCUGCGUCUGGUCUCAGCGAGACAAGAAGGAAAACCCAAAGCUGGCUCCGACAGUCCGAGCCACGGUUUCCCAGUUCAACGCRGUCACCAACCGCGUCAUCACCUCGCUCCUCUGCUCCUCCUCCCCCAGCCCGUCCACUUCCUCCCCCGUCUCCUCACCCUCCCGGGCCGCCGCCUUCCUGUACCCAUCGUCGGCCCCGGGUUCGCCCCGCUGCUCGCACGCCAGCCCGCUUCACAGAGCGCGCGUCAUCGAGCGCUGGAUCGCCGUGGCGCAGGAGUGCAGGCAGCUGAAGAACUUCUCCUCUUUAAGAGCGAUCCUGUCAGCUCUGCAGUCCAACGCCGUGUAUCGCCUCAAGAAGACCUGGGCGGCCGUGAGCAGGGAAAGCAUGAACAUCUUUGACCACCUGUGUGAGACUUUUCCUGAUGAGAACUGUGUGCUGAGCAGCAGAGAGAUUCUGCUGGAGGAUGGGAGUCACCCUGAAAGCGGCGCCGGCCAGGGCUCUAAAUCACCUCGACUCGGCUCCGAGUCCAGACACGCGAGCUUCAGCAGUGGGGUGGUCCCGUACCUGGGCACUUACCUGACGGUCCUCACCAUGCUGGACACGGCGCUGACCGACUCUGUGGAGGGUGGUCUGAUCAACUUUGAGAAGCGCAGGCGGGAGUAUGAGAUUCUCUCCCAGAUUCGUCAGCUCCAGGCUUCUUGUUGCCAYUACAACCUUGCAGUCAACUCUAACGUCACCGCCUGGCUGCAGACUCACACUCUGCUCACAGACCAGGAGAGCUACGAGCUCUCUCGUGAACUGGAGCCACCUGUCGAUCCCUGCCCCAACUCCCCCAGCCUGUGGAGCAACCGUCUCCUCGCCAAGAAGCUCGCCACGUUGAGAACGUCCCACUGCGACCAGAUCAGUGUCUCGUCUUCUGGCUCCAGCGGUUCCGACACGGAGGACCUCUCCAUCCCUCAGCCCUCCCGCCUCAGAUUAAAACUUAAGUCUCUCCCAGGCUCGCUGCACAAUGUAGCGGAGGACUCCUCCUCGUCCUCCUCCUCUUCGUCUCCCAGACUCUCCAGGUCUUCCUGCAGCUCCUCGCAUCCCAACCUGAGCUCUUCCUCCCUAGCUCUGAGCCCAGAGUCCUCGUCAUCGUCGUCGCAGUGCGGCUGCUCUCCUCUGGCGSUGCAGCCCGUCUACAACAAACAGGUGGCGGACUCGUGCAUCAUCAGGGUCAGCCUGGAGUGUUUCCACAACGGAAACGUCUACAAGAGCAUUCUGCUCACCAGCCAGGACCACACGCCUCACGUGGUGCAGAGAGCUCUGGAGAAACACAACAUGGAGGAUUUCAAGUGCAGCGACUUUGGCCUCUUUCAGAUGCUCAACCAUGGGAAAGAGCUCCAGAUUCCCGACAACGCCAACGUGUUUUACGCCAUGUGCACCUCCGCCAACUAUGACUUCGUCCUGCGUCAGCGCCAGUGGAACCACGGGAAACAGUCGGGCUCUUCGUCCAGCCCCGGAGCUCUGCACAGAACCCACCAAAUCAAAUGAUUUUUAGAAAAUAAGGAGUGAAUAAAUCAACUUCUGCUGAUUAUAACCCGGGACAAACGAGGAGCUGAAGCAUCUCGUUUCCGCUCGUUGUCGCCGGACCAUCGGUGUGCACCAGAGCCGCCG